CCGCGCAGGCCGUCGCUGCGACAUUAAAUUCUCUUCAAGAAAUCUUACCCGUCUCUGCUCUAUCAAAGAUAACAUGAAAGUCCAACGAAAGAAGAAGCGCGGUUCAAUGUCAACAAUCCGUAGUCCUCAGAGGCACAAACUCCGAGAGCUCCGCAGCCGAGCCGCCCUUGAACAAAUAUCAUGCAUUGAGCCUGCAAACUUCCCUGGCUUUGAAGUCGGUGUCGAAGCCGAACCAUGCAUGAUAGAUAUGCUAGGUGUGGCAUCAUGGAUGCAACAAGACAUGGACUCUACUAUUCUAUUCAAUGCAUUCAAUCCCUCGCCAAUGGAUCUAUCCGCCUUGGAUAUUGAUCUAGAAACCAUGGGCCUAUUGAGUCAGGCGUGUUACCUCAGGUCGCCAGGGCCGCUGCCAGGCUUAGGUAGCCAUCCUGCGGGAUUCGGUUUUCCAGCCGGCUCCCACAGCUCUGAGAAUUCUGAGAUGACAUCGCCUUCAUCUCAAACAGACAGCCUUUAUUCGACAAAUGCGUCUUUGCCUCAUGACAAUUCCAACCGCCUAGUGUAGUUGGAAAGUCAGUCACAUGGGCUCGGACUCUAUCCCCAUACCCUUGGGUUGUCUUCGCCUUGUGCGGAAUUGUUAGAGAAUAAUGAUGCUUCUGACGACUAUUCAGCCACAUAUAUUGCAACAAACAACAAUUUUAAAACCAAUUUUAAAAACAAUUCAACAAAUUACUUGACAACGGACGACUUGAGAACAGAAUACUUAAAAAGCAACAACUUGACACAUUUUCAAACACCAACUUUUAUUACAACAUAUUUGUUUAACACGCUU